AUGGAUUCAUCUUCUCAGAUUGAUCUAGUUUUGAUUGGCAAAGUCGGACAAGGGAAAAGCGCUACAGGCAAUUCAAUUUUAAGAGAAAACAAAUUUUCCAGCAAAAGCCAUAUGGAACGGGUUACAACAGAAGCCCAGUAUGAACAUUGCAGAUUUAAUGGAAGAGUAAUACAGGUGGUUGACGCACCAGGUGUUAUAGACAAUAGCGAUGACGACUAUAAAACGGCAUCUACUGCCGUAGCCAAAAGCCAAAAAUUAGUGCAUGCAGCUUUGGAGCAUGCUAUGAAAACAAACCCCAAAGGUUAUCAUGCGUUUUUAGUUGUUACUAAAUUUGGAGAACGCUACACUAGUGAAGACAGAGAAGCAAUACUGAAUUUAAAAAAAAUAUUGGGAAACGAUUUUCUGAAAUCGUUUGGAAUUAUUGUUAUGACAUGUGGGGACAAGUUUUCUUCAGAAGCUAAAAAAAGUUUCCAAGAAUAUAUCAAGGAACUGAGGGGAGAGUUCAGAACACUUUUGUCAGAAUGCGAAAAUAGAAUUCUACUAUUUGACAACAAAACAACCGAUUACAAUGUAAAAAACAACCAAAUAAAAAAUCUUGUUGAAAUGGUGGAUCGGCUGCCCAACAGAGGAAUAAGAUACACCAACAGGCAUUUUAAAGAAGCCGGAAAAAUGGUUAAAUACAUCCCGGAAAAAGAAGCUUUGAAAAAGCAAUUUUUUGUUUUAAAUGAUAUACAAAAUGCUCACUUACUCCCUUCGGGGGAGAAACGAAAGCAAGCUCUUAUAGAAUGUCAAAGUGAAAUUGGCAGGUUUUUAGAUGAAAAAAAGAAAAAAGAAAAAUAUUCAGAUAACAUGAAAAAGUUGUUUGAAAAUGCUAAGGACAUACUAAUUGUUGUAUCAGAUGAAAUCAUAAAUGCAGAGUCUGGUAGAGAUUAUUCCAGGAUUGAAAGAAAUUCUAGAAAAAUUGCGGAAAUCAAAGAGAACCUCGAUGAUAUAAAAAAUAAUAUUGAAACAGCGAUUUCGACCACAAAAUGUGUUAUUUUAUAG